AAAGGCAAGAGAAAGCAACUGCAUAUUGUUAACUAACUCCAGAGAGUUGUGAGAGGGAAGCCAAGGCAAUCAAGCGUCCAAUUAAGAUGGUGCACUGAAAAGGCAGGAUGGAGGCUUAAUUUAUAGCGGGACAGAGACACAGGGAGCUUCUGGACGAACACGGAGAGAGAGAAGACAGAGGGAUCAUCGGAGGAAGAGGAGGACUGGCGGCUGAUUUGGCACUGAAUCUCUUACCUCUUCCCGAGACCAGACUCCUCUUGGAUUUUCAGCUGUAGGGUUGGACUGGAGCAAGCUUUCCAUCUCAAUUCUCAUUUUCUAAGGCACAAUGAGCACACAGAGUGUAAUUCCUGUGAAACAUUUCAUUGCUCCUGACAUCAGGGCUCACACCUGCAAUGCUCCACAACCUUCAGUCCAUCAAAUGUUCAAUGCUAAAUCCGAUAUUUACAGUUCGGCAGAUGAUACUUCCCGAGUCUCGUAUGCUGACCUAUCAGACCCGAAUUCAUCCAGCUCUUCCACAUUCUGCACAAGCAUGUACUCAUCGUCGUCGACAAAACCCAGUGGAUUUUCUUUCCUGCCCCAUCCUUCUAAAUGUGAGCAGCAGCAGGUAUCAGCUGCAAAAUCAUCGAGCUCUUCUUUGCUGUUUGCUGCUGAUCCAAGCACUGGCGUUCAUGGUGAUCUUGAACAUCCACUUGAUCUCAAGGACUUCCUUAACCUCUCCGGCAACGCUUCUGACAGUAGCUUCCGUGGAGGAGGCAAUGCCAUGGAUUUCAGUGAGCAGCUGGAGUUUCAGUUCUUGUCUGAACAACUUGGGAUUGCCAUCACCGACAACGAGGAGAGCCCUCGGUUAGAUGACAUAUAUGGCAUACCGCCGCAAUGCUCACCUAGUCUAGUAUCCCCUUCCUCUGACCAUGAGGAUCUGCGCAGUGGGGGUUCUCCGGUUGAAGCCCAGUUGACGUCAUCACAUUCUUCAUCUGGAGCAACAUGUAGCAAAACGAGAAUGAGAUGGACACUUGAGCUCCAUGAGCGUUUUGUGGAGGCUCUGAAAAAGCUCGGAGGACCGGAAAAGGCAACUCCCAAGGGUGUGCUGAAGCUUAUGAAGGUAGAAGGCUUGACAAUCUUUCACGUAAAGAGCCAUUUGCAGAACUAUCGACAUGUGAAGUAUAUUCCGGAGAAAAAAGAAGUGAAGAGACCAUGUUCAGAAGAUAACAACGCAAAAUCAGCAUCUGGAAUUGAUUCUGGCAACAAGAAGAGUUUUCAAAUGGCGGAAACUCUACGGAUGCAAAUGGAGGUUCAGAAACAGCUCCAUGAGCAACUAGAGGUGCAAAGGGAAUUACAGCUGCGCAUAGAGGAGCAUGCAAGAUAUUUGCAGCAGAUACUAGAACAACAGAAGGCCAGAAAAUCUACGGUGCCGAAACCAGAGGAGAAAACAGAGGUCAACACCACUUCAGCUCCGCCGCUGAAGCGUAAAAUUUCAGACACCGAAUAGAACACAACUCGCAGAUGGAUAGCAGAAGGCCAGAGCUACAACUUGAUCUUGAAAGUGAACCAUGAUGAACGAUAAUGGUGCAUGCUUUAACCCUCUUGCCAUGUAGAGUUCUAGUGCUUGCAAUUGCAUAUAUCAUGUUUUUCUUGAAUAUACCUUAUGACAAGGUCCAUCCAUUAAUGCUGAAAUAGGUUCUAGCUAAGCCAUUGUAUAUAAUUAGUUCUGCUGCUUGUUUCCAUGAAAAAACAAGAUAUUCUCAUAUGUAAUUAAACUAGCGUUGUAUUUCAAACAUAAAUGUCGCAUUGCUCCCUGUUCAUGCUCAUGAGCAUCU